ACAAGCCCAUGACGGAAGUCUGCUGGUGAACUUCCGGUCCAGCAGCACGCUUUCCUUCCGCGGUUUUGUGAAACGACCAACCUACGAACAACUGUGUCGGCUUUUAGGAAACAAAGACAACAUGAGUAAAGCACAUCCCCCAGAGUUGAAGAAGUUCAUGGACAAGAAGCUUUCCUUGAAGUUGAAUGGAGGCAGACACGUGCAGGGCAUCCUGCGCGGGUUCGACCCCUUCAUGAACCUGGUGGUGGAUGACUCCCUGGAGAUGGGCCCAGGAGGACAACAGAACACCAUCGGCAUGGUGGUCAUCAGAGGAAACAGCAUCAUCAUGUUGGAGGCCUUGGAGAGAGUAUGACAGAAGAGCAGACGGCUGCACAUGGAGAAGAGAAUGAUCCACACUUUUUUACAUGGUGUUAUCCCUUUCACUUGUUUGUUUGAACGAGGCGAAACAAUUGUGUGUCUUUGAGUUGUAAAAUGUCGAUCUGAUUUCCAUUGACCGGGAUGUUUUGUUUAGACAUAUUUUGAAUUGCAUAAUCUUGUGAAUAAAUCUGUUUUUCUUUGUA